AGAAGCAGAGAGCAGCUCAUGAAAAUAAGGAAGUAAAUGCUGUUGGACUGGAACCGUAGCCUUACCUCUGUUGUUUAAAGAGAAAUGUAUCAGGUAGCCGCUCCGUGACAGAAUUAUAAGAACGAUUAGGCUAAGGAAAUUAGCGCUUAAGCUAACUCCUUAAUAGACACAUUAUUAUCGUAAAGCAGCCCAUGUACAAAGAGAGACAAGUGAGAGGAAGACACGGACAAAUAUUCCAGUCACGAUGGAUCACAAAGACGAAUCCCUGGAGGGAGCCACGGGGCUGAGUCAAGAUGAUUUGCCACAGAUGGAUGGUUCCUGUGAUGCGUGUGAGCCUGAUGAAGCCCAACCAGCGACGCACGUGUGCCACAUCUGCAGCUUUGCCUUCUGCCCGAUUCACGCUGACAGACAUUCCAGCAGCACACGGCACAACUUAAUGCCUUAUAACGAUGAAGGUGCUCAGGCCUGUGGUCUGGACACAGACAGUGACUCAAGAGUUGAAGGUGCAGCUGAGAAUGGAUCUGGUGAAAAGAGAGCAGCUCAAGUGAGUGAAAAUCAGGAUCUGGCAGAAGGUGGUGAGGGUGUGGAUGCAGACAAAGAAAAAAAUGCCCAGAAUGAAGGAAAAGAUGGGGAAGAGGCUGAGGCUGUGGCUGCUGGAGAGGCAGGGAAGAGGGACACGGUGACAGUGGAGAGACUGCGCUGCAAAGAGCACGGCCAGGAAGGCUCCCUGUACUGUAAACCAGACGAGCAAAUCAUCUGCGUGGUUUGCGCUGUGCAGGGCGAGCACAGGGAUCAUGAGAUCAUCACUCUGCACGAGGCCUAUGUGUGGCAGAAGAGCAGGCAGGGUCACGACCUGCUGGGCUACACACAGCAGAUGGCUGAAAACGUCAAGACCAAGUGGACUAACCCUGAGAUGUCUACAGAGGAACUGGAAGAAUAUGUCAGCGGCCAGUUUGAUGAGCUCCGCAGGUUGGUUCGACUGGAGGAGAGGCGAACCCUUCACCUGGUAGACCUCAAAGAAGCUUUCCUCACAGCAUCGGCUGCAGAAAAAAUUGCUGAGAUCACCCUCGAAACCGAAAAGCUGCAGGAGGAGAUGGAUAACAUCACACACCAGCUGUGCCUGCUGGAACAGGCUGAGGCUCAGGCAGUAGGUCCUGCAGCGGUGGCAGAGGUCCUGGCAGCGAGGCCUGGACCAGUCCACAGAUUACUGCACGACAUUGAAGCCAGGCCAAGGGUGCCGGAGCCAAGAGCGAACCCUAUGGACCCACGUGACCUUGAGGACAAUGAUUCUGGACCAUCCAUGGACCACGCCCCGUGAUGUGAGCGGACCAGACUCCCCGUGCGUCUACCUGUCCUUGACGAUUUGCUUCAGCCUGACAUCAGCCCAGUUGAGCCGUCAUGCCGGCCCCUUCUCUGUCAGUCAUUUCCACCCACCACUCCCCGCCUCCCCUCCCUUCCCUGGCAGUGACCUUGAGAGGAGGCUGCAGUGACAAAUAUGGAUGGCCACAGCUAUUCCACACGCAAACUUUUUUCCUGAUUUCUCACUUGCUACAAGCUUUCUUUAAUUGAAGCACUGAAGUUAUGUGCAAUCAAUUACCAUCAGGCUCAAUUUUCACAGCCAACCAGAUCUGUGGCUCACUGGUGAGCCUGGCUGAUUCAGAGAGGAGUUUGGGCAGGCAGCUGUGAAAAGCAGCUGUUGAGCUCAACAAAUGUUAGAAAAACAGAAGUACGUGAUGCAGUGAGUUACACUCCUCAUUUAUUUGGAAUAUAAUUAUGGUUCUGCCGUUCAGCCUUAUAUCUUCAAGAGAUUUUAUUAAGUCUAGUGGUGCACUGAUCGGGCUUCGACUGGCCAAUACCAAUAUACAGUUUACUUUGAGGUCUGGCCUUCUGGUUCCAAUUUUGACCAUUACUGAUUUUUUUUUCCCUUUUAGGAACUAUAUGCCGUAGAAAAGAGAACAGACUUAAAAAUGAGCUGCUCUUUCCAAAUUUAAGGAAUUCCUUGAUACAUGUUAAUGGGGACAGAUAUUUACAUUCACUGUUUAAAAACUACAUUUUCCUUUCUUAACAAUGAUUAACAAAGUUAUUUGUAUUUGCUAAAUAACAAGCGAUAUAAUUUAGAGAUUUUUUAUUGCUAUUUUAAAACAAAUCGUUUUAAAAUUUGGUAGAAAUAUUCAUGACUUGGGUCAAAUGUGUUGGGUGUUCUUUCCUUCAGUAAUUUGCUGCCCCAUUUUUCCAGAUAACUGGUGUAACAGUCAGAUUUGAAGGCCUUUUGCACACACCUUUUCCAUCACAAUUUUUUAAUCGUAUGGAGUUCAGCACUUUGUAGUGACCACUUCCAAAACACUUUGUCCUUAGUCCAGUUUGUAACUAAUUUGCCAGUAUGAUUAGGAUUCUUGUCCAUUUGAAAGACCCAUAUGAGCCCAAGCUUUAGCUUCUUGGACAAUGUCUGGAGAUGUUGAUUUAGUAUUUCCAUCUCAUGGUCUUUCUCCCCUCUUAUGUUGUGAAAUGUACCACUCCCCUCUGCAGUUCUCACUCAACAGCAACUAGAAGAUACAUUUCUCCAUGCAUAAUAUCAUACAACAAAGCAGCACAUUUGAGAUGUUGCCUUAAAAUACAUCCACAUGUUUGCCUCUGUGUAAUUCAAAUGUUGUGAAUUAUCCGGAAGCUUACAUAGCCUUUAUAUCAUCAUCUGGGGUUUCCUAAGUGCUUGAAAGGCCUUUAUACCUUUGUGUAUGUAAACUACAGAACUUGAAGAGAUUAACAAAAAACAAAAAAAGUAAGUCUCUAGAUAUUCUGGGAUUUAAGAAUUUGAUGUUUUCUACAGUGUAUGUAAAUAUUUUUUCUUCAGCUAUAACCAUCAAAGCAUGUGUCCCUUAGAGGCAUGGGCUGGUUUCCAUUAUCAAAUUAUACCAAGGUUAUAAAAAGUUGUGGUUUCAAACUGCUAACAUUUUCCAGCACACCAUUCAAACUGUUUCAACUGUUUUUGUUUUGAUGCAAGACAAAGUGCGACAGGAACUGGAGCACUGCCCCUACCUGCUGCUGUUCAGCUGGCUGAAAAGAGGCUCUGUCUCCGUUUUCUUUCUUACAAAACAGAUGAAUUUGGCCGUUUGGAAGCAUUUCCAUUGAAACUCUGGGAAGCAAAAUGAGCACCAAUAAUCCCUGUUAUUAAGCUAAGCUCAGUUAAGAGUUGGAAUAAUUCUCACUGACUUCCAGUUAAUGAACAAAAUUAUUCGGUGACAAUUUAGAUGAUAACAAGAUGUUUUGUUAAAAAUUAUUUUGUGAAUACAACAAAGCCAUGAUGUUUGUGUUCAAGUUUAUCAUAACAUGAGGAUUUUAGCCCAGGCCAUGUACAACUCUUAUCUUUCAUCUGAUUUUUAACUGAAACACAAAAGUAAUCCAUGUUCAUGCUGUUUGUUGAUGCAUCUGUAGUCCACAACGGUGAAAGUUCUUAGUUAUUAUUCAUUUACUUAACUGACACAAAGGAGUUUUGAUCUCUGGCCAGUUUUACGUUCUUCUGUGUACUAGGAUGGUAUUUUGAUUGAAAAAGGGGAAAACAAAGCAAAAAAAAAAAUGGUGUUUUGUUCUGUGCCAUACUGUGGCCUUCACUUCUACAUUUGCUGUUUAAAAAAGUAUUUAGAUUUGUUCACACUUCCUCUUGUUUUUCUUGGAUGACUUAUCAAAAUCAAGGUGUAUUCUGACACAUAUUGAUUGAUUGCUGAUUGGUUAAAUGUUGCUGAAUCUUCAAAAGAAACUUCUAUUUAGCUGUGCAAAAACAGCCUUUCUGCAUUUACCAGCUCCAUGUGUACUAUAAUGUACAGGCUCAUUACUCUCGACCCGUCAGCAGCGUAUGACGGAUUGCCGUCCAAAGAUGCGAAUGCACUUUCUACCUUGACCUGCUGAGUCGCAGCUGUCACUCAUGACGCAUUGCCACAGUUUUGUGUUCAUAUCAGCAAUUUGUUGCCUUAAAAUCUGAACUGAAAUGCUGUCAUUGAUGAUAUUUGCGAUGGGUUUCAAAAUGCUUUUUUCACUACAGUAGUGCUGCUCAGAAAUGUACUGAAGCUGCAUACCUACUUAAGGGAUUUGUUAAUGUGUCAACAGCCGAUUGGAAAAAAAACAAAAAAAAACCCAGCAAAAUAUUAUUCUGUAUUCUUAUUGUGACAGCAGGAAGGAGUCUGGCUGUUUAUUUCUGUUGUAAUUUGUCUGUUUUGGUUUUAAUCUAUAAAUAAACAGUCUGCUUCUUAA